GAUUUGGGAGUAAUGAGAGAAGAUGAAGCUACGUAACUAUCUAAGUCUAACCACUCCAAAUCAAAAUACAAUGCCAUAUGCAGAGUUUGGUUAAGAAUUAAAAUGCUACCUACCUAUAUAUGGAGUUCCUUUAGUGAUAAUAAACAGAGCGUGUGUGACAAUGAGGAGCGGCAAGAAGGUGCAUGUAGUGAUGCUGCCAUGGCUUGCCUUCGGGCACAUGGUUCCCUUCCUUGACCUCUCAAUGGCCAUUGCCAAGCGCGGCGUCCACGUGUCCUUCAUCUCCACUCCCCUCAACAUCCUCCGCCUCCCCAAAAUCCCCCCUAAUCUCGCCCCCUUCCUCCAAUUCAUACCCCUCCCCCUCCAUCAUCCCCUCCUCCCCCCUUCCGCCGAGGCCACCGUCGACCUCCCCGCCCACCAAAUCGACCACCUCAAGUCCGCCUGCGACGCCCUCCACCACCCCGUCCGCGCCUUCGUCGCCGCCAACAACCCCGACUACAUCGUUGUCGACUUCUUCCACCACUGGGCCGCCGACCUCAAAACCCCCCUCGUCAUCUUCCAGGUCCUCUCCGCCGCCACCUCCCUCUUCUUCCUCCUCGUCGGCGGCGACAAGCAAGCCUCGACGGUGCCCCAGGACGUCGGCUCCAAGGUCGCCUACAUGGAGCACGAGGCCGACGCCAUGCACCAGGUCUUCACCUCCGACGGCGAGCGCUUCGGCAAGCUCCUCGCCGCCGCUAGCGCCCUCGCCAUCCGCUCCUGCGACGAGUUCGAGGGCGAGGCCAUCCGGUCCUACUCGGAGAAGAGCGGCAAACAGAUCCUCCCCGUCGGAAUCCUCCCGCCGGAGAUCCCCGACCGCCGCUCCGCGUCCCCGCCGUGGGACGCGGUGUUCGGGUGGCUGGACGGGCAGAAGGCGAAGUCGGUGGUGUUCGUGGGGUUCGGGAGCGAGACGAAGCUGUCGAAGGAGCACAUCCACGAGAUCGCGCACGGGCUAGAGCAGUCGAAGCUGCCGUUCCUAUGGGCGUUGAGGAAGCCAGAGGAGAUAGAGGAGUCAGAUGUGCUGCCGGAGGGGUUUGAGAAGAGGACGGAGGGGCAGGGGGUGGUGCAGAUGGGGUGGGCCCCGCAGAGGGAGCUCCUGGGGCACGGGGCGAUAGGGGCGUCGCUGUUCCACGCCGGGUGGGGGUCGAUCAUCGAGGCGAUGCAGUUCGGCCACGUGCUGGUGUUCCUUCCCUUCAUAAUCGACCAGCCGUUGAAUGCGAGGAUGAUGGUGGAUAAAGGUUUGGGGAUCGAGGUGGAGAGGGCCAAGGACGGCUCCUUUGGCCGGGGUGAGGUUGCCACCGCUCUCACCCUGGCCAUUGGCGAUCAAACUCUCAGAGCACGCACUGAACGCGCUACCAAGGAUAUAUUUACCAACCAUAAGCUUCAUGAUCUCUAUCUUGAUAGGCUUGUUCUGUUUUUCCAGGAUUCUCACAACUAGCGUUUUUUGCAUCGUAGUAUUUCUAUGCACCUCUUCAUUAUUGUCGACUUACUCUAUACUAUGAACGGAACUCUUCUUUACUCUUAAAUCUUAAUUUGAAUUUAGUUUGCGCCUGCAAACCUCCAAUCAUUUUUCUGUUCACUAUUCAUCGCCUCAUUAAUUCAUUUUUUAUUUUUUUGAAUGUAGUUUGCAUCCAAACGUCAGCUCUGCAUAUGAUCUCUCAAUUUGAGACAGAAAACAUGGAAUUCGUCUGACCAUGGCGCGAAAUUUGGCUCGUGACUUAUUGACAAUUACCUGUAAUUGGAAGAAAACAUUAUUUGUCACCCUUCCAGCCUUCCUUCAUGUCUAUCUUUAAUAACUACGAGUCUGAUAUUUCUUCCAAUAAUUUCUUAAGUAAUCAGGUAAUCAGACUGUCUUAUUUGUUUGACAGAACUUGAGAACUGAUUUAGGUGAUAUGAGAUUUUACAGGUGCAACUGCAAGAGAUUAGAGAUGGAAUGCUGGAGCAUAAAAAAUGUGUAAUACUUGUAACAAUUCACUAGAUAUAUCUUAUAGUCCCUUUGUCUCAAAUAUUUGAUCAGUACUA